GACCCUCCUGGAAGCCGAGAGCACCAGGCUGCAGCUGCCGGCAACGGAUCUCCAGCUGGCCAGGGGGCUCAGAGAUGUCACAACCGAAUCAACUCUCAGCAGACUGCAGGGGCCGUCGGUGGAUCGGGGCCGCACGGGGAGCCGGGAUGUCCGGCCCAGCCCUGCCACCCUCCCGAAGCUUCGGGGGUUCCAGAGCAAAGUCGAGUCGCCCUCCUGGGGGGCCAAGACCCCGAGCUCGGCAGCCAGGGAGUUCCAAAAGGCCAACGCCUCCCUCCGGCACUCCCAGGCCGCCAAGAGUCCCGAUGGGCUGUUGCCUCCGCCCAAGGAGCCGUCCGCCUUCCGUCUGGAUUCCUCCUCCCAGCACAGCCAGAGGGUGACGGUCACCCACUCAGAGAGCCUCCUGGCCCAGUCCGUCUUCUGCCCCCGACCCCCGCUGGCUUUCAACUCCGUGAAGGAGGAGGCUUCGAUGGUUACCGAAGCCGUAGAAACGGCCAUCCAGGAAGUGAAGCCCAGAGAGACCCACCUGGAACCCAGCUUGCUCCAGGAGUUGAAGAGCCAAGCAGGUGUUUCUUCCGACAGCUCUUCCUCCCUGGGAGAGGAGAACGGCCUUCCCCCGAGCAGCACCGAGGGGCUGGAGAAGGCCCUGCAAGACCACCGAGGGGAGGGACAACCGACCGACCCCCUGGAGGAGUUCCAGGUCUGUGAAGACUUUGCAGAGGUCAACGGUGGGCAGGAGGCCUGGGCUGAGCUGCAGGGAGCUGAAGAGGCUUGGGGGGCCCUGGAGGCAGAGGCCCCCUUGGCCCUGGGAGCAGAACUGCUGAGGGCAGAAAGGAUGGAAGGAGGAGGAGGAGGAGAUUUGCUCCCUGGAGAGGCCGAUGAAGAAAAUGGGUCUCCAGAAUGGAAGGAGAGGGAGGAGCCUGCAUUAUUGGGGGGGACGCUGGGCAGCGCAGUGGGAGAAGCAGCUGAGAAGUCGGAGUUUGCCACGGAGGCAGAUGCCCAUGUGAACGGCAGCCAGGAAGGCUGGGAGCUUGGUGGCCCCCCAACGGAUAUCCUCGAAGGAGCCCCAGAAGGGAACAUGGAGGAGGUCUAUGGAGGGGCUGAAGAGGUGGAGAUGCUCAGCCCAGAGGAUCUCUCCGAGAAAAGGGAGCCCCCCAGGGAAGACGACAAGGGUGGUCUGCAGGCAGAGCCCCUGGAGGUGGAAGGAAGCCCAGCCAAGGAGGACUGGUCAACCACCACCCAUACAGCAUUGUCCGCGGGUGACCACCAGAAAACGCUCUUCCCGGAGGAGGAGCAAGAGACCUUUGAGAGCCGAGAAGAGCUUCUUCACGAGGCCGAUUCUGCUCUGCCAGAGGGUGAGGGGAAGGGUCCAGAUGCCACGGAAGAGGCCCUGCCUGGGAGCUCAGGUCCUGCCGUAGAUGAAGAUGGCCUCUUGGCAGAUGAGCCAAAGGGGGCCGAGAGCAGGGAAGAGGAGGAAGAGGAGAAGGGAGGAGAUGUUGACGGGCCUCUUCCCACAGAAGACAGAGGAGAUGAAGGGACAAUGGAGGCCGAAGGCUACUUAGAUUUGGAGGCACCCAAAAGUACCUUGGAACUGGGUGCGACCGUCCCCGGAGAGGACGCGGCCAUCCUCCAGCUGCGGGAGACCCUUGGGGAAGACCAGAGAAGGGAGGUGGCUGGAGGAGGAGGCCUGGAGCCCCUGGAGGAACAGGAGGGAGGAGGAGGAUGGCUCCCAGAGAUCCCCUUGCAAGCCGAAGGGAGCAACUGGGAGGAAAGAGACUUGGUGUCAAUCUCUGGGGGGCCAGGAAGUGAAGACCUCAUGGAGGUCCUGCAGAUGGAAGAGGUACAUGGUGCUGUGGUGGCCGAGAACUUGCUGCAGAAGGAGGAAGGGGGCCCCGAGGACUCCGAAGACAAAGGACGGGGGCUGGACGAUCGCCAGGCAGGAGAGCAGCCACUCGGGACUGAAGACCCCUCCAGGGAAGAGACCACCUGGCCGGAGGAAGCCCUAGAGUUGGCCGAGGCUCCUGCAGAAGACUCCAUUCCCCACAGGGAGGAGGAUUCUGGGACUGAGGAGACCCUUGGACAUUCAGACUUCCUCCCAAAUGGCCCGAGGGAGAGAGGUGGGACUGGGGAGGAGGAUGUCCAGCUAGGCCAGCUGGCUUCAGACCAUGCACUGACCCUGCCUGAGGCUCCAUCCCUGCCUUCCUUGGAGAGCGAAGAAGAGGCCCCCCUUUUAGAAGAAGACACUGCAAGCCUUCUGCUGGUCAAGGGAGACGGAGGGGAGGAAGGCCCCCCAGGGGGAGAAAGGGGCUGCAGUCCACAGGAGGACGGGCCCUGCUCAGAAGAGCCUCUGGCCGCGGAGGGUUCGGCAGAAGCUGUGAUCCAAAGACAGCCGUUCACAGCAGACGGGGAGGAUCGGGGCCCCGGAGAAGCUGAGCAGGAAGGACUGGAGGGGGCCCCUGGCCUGGAGGCAGAAGAAGACCCCUGGCAGGAGGGUGAGGCGGCCAAAGGGCCAGUGGUCCCCACGGAAGAGGUGGCCGCAGAGCUUCGUUCAGAGCCAGGCGAUGGCUUUGGGUCCCCAGCGGACGGUUGUGACCCCAGCUAUAGCCAGCAGGAAGAGGAGGAGGAGGAGGAAGAGGAGGAAGAUCAGGGGCCCUUGGGAUCUAGUGACCAAGAGCCUCCGGAUGUGGGCCCUGCAAAGGUUUCACCCCUGACCAGCGUCACUGAUUUGGGAGAAAUAGUGCUGGAGGGCGAUGGGGCUGUGGAAUCCGACACGCUGGGACCCUGUGAGGACGAAUGUUUCCAUGUCUUCGACGCAGAAGAUCUGAUCCAGCAGAAAUUUGUGGCCGUGGAAGAUCCCCCAGGAACCGGCUCCCCUGAGAGGUUCCCAGAGGAAGUCCUGGUGGGUCUUCCUCUAGAGAGCAAGGGAGACCCCAACAUUCUGGAAAUUGUAGAACAAGCUCUGGAGUUCAACCAAGAGUUGAUGAAGGCAGCUGAGGAAGAGCGGGGAGGGCCGGGCAAGGAGGCCCAAGGCUCCCCAGAAGAAAGGUCUCCCCCUGCACAUCUGGACCAGGGACCAACCCAGGUCCCCACAGAAGCUCCGGAAGGCUCUCCUCCCAUCCCGAGGGAAGCCCACCCAUCGGGGGAGAGCCAGGCUAACGGGCUUCAGGAGGAGCCGAUCUUGGAUGAGUUCCCAAGCGAACUUCUCAACGGCCUUGGGCAGGGCAAGGCAGACCCCCCUCCUGAAGAUGAGGAUUUCAUCAAGGAAGUGACUAUCGCCCCACAGUUCUGCCCAGAGGACAGCCCCACCAGGGCAGAGACCCUAAGCCAGAGUCCGCCCCCAGUCCCAGCCGGUGAAGAAGGGUUUAGAAGUGGGGGCACCAGCCCUGAGGUUCUCGAGAAGGUCUCGCUGGACCAGGAGCUGCUAGAUGAGGACAUCCUAGAUGACCUGCGGCAGAAGACCUGUGUGAAAGGAGGCAAGGAUACCAACCUGGAACCCAUGCCCUUCCUCUUCGGGGACGAGAUUCGGCGCCAACCCUUGGAAUUCCGGCCGGAAGGGGACCUGGAUCUCCAGCCCUCCGAAGACGACUGA